GGUGGCCGGCACAGCGCGGGGCGGGGCAGAUGCUGCAGCUGGGGACCCAGUGCUCGAUGCGCGCCCAGGGGGGACGGCGGCGAGGGCAGCUCCCCGGCGCCACGACUCACUUUCGCUUUGGAGGGCUUGCCCGGGCACCGCGCCGGCCGGCGGCAGCAUGAGCGCAGGGCUCCUCUUCCUCCGCCUCGUCCUCGUGUUUGGUUGGACUAUUGGAUCACAGUGGGACAGUGAUGUAUCUGCUGCACACACGAUAUAUGAUAAGCUGUCUAUAAAGAGGAAUAUUUCUAAAAGGGAACUUAAAUGUGGAGAGAGAGAAUACGCUGCAGAAAAUAUCUGCUGUAAGGAGUGUGCACCUGGUUCAUUUAAACUUGCUGAUUGCACAAACGACAACAAAACCUCAAAUUGUAAACCAUGUGAAGAAGGAUCAACAUUCAUGGAUCAUUACAAUUCCCUCCAUGUGUGCAGAAGGUGCAAGUCAUGUGACUCUGAACUUGGUUUCGAAGUUGCAGAAACUUGUACCGUCACUCAGAACACAAAAUGCAGGUGUAAACAACACUACUUUUGCAAUUCUUCUGACUCAUGUCAUCAUUGCGACCCAUGCAGCAAGUGUGAAAAUGGCGCAAUUGAAAAAGUAUGCACUCCGACCACAAAUACCAUAUGCAAAAGAAACUUCUGGUGGAUUUAUCUAGUGAUUGGAAUUGUCAUCGCUAUAGCAUCACUAUCAGCCGUAGCAGCGUACUGUUACAAGAAGAAACGGAAGGAUUUUGAUGUGAACAAUCAGAUGCUGUCUCGGGUUGUCCACAAACCACCCACCUCUGAAGUGGAGCCUCUUGUGUACACAGAUGUUGACCUGAGUGCCCACAUUCCUGCUAUUGUGGAGGUGAUGACGCUACCACAAGUCAAGGCUUUUGUUCGGAAGCAUGAAAUCCCAGAACCUGCCAUAGAGCAGACACUCCAGGACUAUAUAAAUGAUUCAACUGAGCAGAAAAUCAAAUUGUUCCAUAUGUGGUAUCAACAUCAUGGAAUGAAGGGGGCUUAUGAAAAUUUGAUCGUCAGCCUGAGAGAAUUAAAAAUGCGUGCUGUUGCUGAUAAAAUUGAGAAAAAACUGAAUGCGGUCACUUUCAGCAGUCAGGAAAACGGAAGAUCAAAUGUCAAUACUGCUGAGCAAAGCAGCACCCAUUCUGAUAGACAUAAUGUGUAGUCAGUGGAAAAAUAUUUCUAAACAGGUAAGUAUUAUUUUUAUGUUGUAAAUAACAAAGUUUUCAAAGACCGUUUCCUUCAGCAUUUCUACCUGAUUAAAGAAGAGGUGAGUGAACAAACACAGACAGCAUGGCUAACUUCUGGAAAUGCAUCGAUGUGCACUUCAGAGAUUGAGAUUUUGCUAUCCUUUGUAAAGGACUGGGAACAGAGAUUCUGGGAAGCAUUCACUAAAAAAACAACAAUAUAGGAGUUCAUGCAGAGGACUCACAAUGCUUCUGUGUGUCACACAAAAAAACUCAGCCAACAUUUUGGAAUGAAGCUUUAGUUAAAGAUUUAUGGUCCCAGACAAUGGAUGAUCUUUGUGUUUAGUUAUGCUAAAAUUAUGGUUUAUAGCUAUUUUCCUUAUGUAAGAGAAUGAAAACUCUGGCGUUACGUUUACAGUAUUUUCAGCAAACACACUUAGGGGAAAAAAAAGGAAUUCAAUUAUUUUAAAUUUAAAGACUAACUUUAAUGUAAUCUGUAAACAUGUUAAAGAUUUACUCACAUGAGAAAUCCCAUUUAAAGUCAGUGGGGCUAUUCACUUGUUAUGUAUUUGGAAGAUGAAUAUACUUGUUUUUAUAGAUUACUUUAAAUGAUACUUUCAGUUGUGAAAGCAUAUGAACAUGUACAUAUUUCAUGGAAGGCCCCAAACUAACCACAGAUGUGUGGGUGCAGAUUAUUGCCUUCUACGAUAAUCAUGAUGGUCCCUUCUGGUCUUAAAAAAAAAAAUCCGUGAAAUGAAAUGCGAUCUGUGCCUGUAUAACUGAAGGACAGAACUGGGUCCUCAAUUUUUAAAGGUCUGUCAUACCAACUGUGAUCUCUCCAAGGCCCAAAUGUUUGAUACUAGCUUUUCUAAUGCAAAGAUUUAAAGUAAGAACAAGCAGCAAUAAAAGAAGAGCUUGAAAUAGUG